GCAACGCCGAUAAUCCUCCUGCACUUAUUAUAACUUGGUACACCUGAUACUGAGUCUCUCGAAACCCCAGUGCGAUAGCCAAGCUGACAACAUGACUGCACCGGAGGAGUGGGAAGAGUGGGGAUCCGAACGCAUGUUUCGCGCAAUACAUGACAAAGUUGUUCUCUUGAGCCAUCAAGGCGAUGUCAAGGUCCUAAACUGCGACAAUGAGGUCGUCCUCAAGGUUGGAAGCAGAGUUCGUCCUUCUGAGGAAAUCGCUAUGCGCCUUGUCAAAGAGCAAACUGAUAUCCCUGUUCCGGAGAUCUUCCUUGCCGCCUACGUUGGCGAAGAAGGCCGACUGGCGAUGAGUGUCAUUCCCGGCGCUCCACUGACAGAAGCUUGGGAUAGUCUGGAUGAUACAACAAAGAAACAUGUAUGCGUGGAAACUUGGUCAAUGAUUGAAAAACUUCGUCAGAUUGAAAAGCCCGCGGCGCUGCAACACCACUUCCUCUGUCUUGCUGAUGGUUUGCCCUGUAUCAAUGACCCCAUUGUGGCGGGAAAUUGCUGUGCAGAACCUCCACAUCCUCCACUCCUUAAUGAUGAUGCUGUUCGCGCCUGCAUCUACAAAUGUUACUAUGCAGCAAACAGCUGAAAGUAUGAAAAAGAGUUGCUGAGCAUGCUUUCUUGCUCUGAUAUCUCUGUUUUCUCGCAUGUAGACAUUGGACCGCACAACAUCAUGUUUGACCAGAAGUCGCUCCAGAUAACUGGGAUCAUUGACUGGGAGAUGGCAGGGUGGUACCCGGAUUAUUGGGAGUAUUCCAGCAUCAUGAGGCCUGCUAGGUGGAAAGAUUGGCAGAAAUGGAUGGAUCUGACAGCCCCAAAGAAAUAUGACCUGAGUGGUAUUAUGGCAGCAAGGCGUGUUUUGUUUUAGCGUACUCUAUUAGGUUGGGAUUGAAGGCCUUACUUCGACCUUUUAGUCCAUAACGACAUUACGCGUUCUUCUUUGGAGGUCUUUGGUCGGUAUCAGCUGCUUGAGAUAUUGCCCAAUUUGCUCUUCUCGUCUAUUUUGCUUGAAACACACUGUUGC